AUGCCCGGCUUUCCAAAUCUCGUCCAGCAGUUUAUCAACACUGCGAUCGCGUUCUUCCGACAGCUACAGGACCGCCAUGUCGGAUGGCCAACGCUCAUCCGGAAGACGGGCGAAUUCACGCGUGAGAAGCAACCGCUACUGAAAAAGCUCAAGAUACUUCUGCUCUUCAAUCCUAUCACCGAGUGGAUCGAUCGCACACAUCUUCUACGGCUAUGGACACAUGAAAGAACUCUAAGAGCGGGCAGGGUAGAAAGGAGGCCCCAGUCACACUCCGAAAUCAAAAGCUUCAUCGAAUUCUACCAGAUCGAUAUGUCCCACUUCGAACCGUCAGACCCAGAGGCCUACGAGACGUUUGAGGACUUCUUCAUCCGGAAGCACGCACCCGGCGUGCGACCGAUCUACGAAGCAGAGGAUCCCAGUAAAGCAAUCAUAGUGGCUGACUCGCGCGUUGUGGUGUAUCCGACCGUAGAAGCAACAUGCCAAUUGUGGAUCAAGGGAAACGAGUUUAGCAUCGGCCGUCUCAUCCGCGAUGAGGCCCGUGCAAAGCGGUGGGACCAUGGUGCAGUCGCUAGCUUUCGCCUCAGUCCUCAAGACUACCAUCGAUAUCAUUCUCCCGUGGAUGGAACGGUGAAGUGGUUCAAAGCGAUUUCGGGCGAUUAUUAUCAGGUGGAUCCGUUGGCAUUGCAGAGUUCGGUUAAUGUCCUGACGGAGAAUGCACGGUGCUGUGUCUGUAUUGAAAGUAAGGAGUUUGGAGAUGUUCUCUUUGUCGCUAUCGGCGCCACGGAUGUGGGUACUGUGGAGAUCCACCAACAUAUUCGAGAAGGACAUCAUGUAAAGAAAGGAGAUGAAAUCGGUCUCUUCCAGUUUGGCGGGUCGAGCAUCAUCGUAGCAUUUGAACAAGGGCACAUCCAGUUUGAUGAGGAUUUGGAGAAACUCAGUCAUCAGAAGAUUAUGGUGGAUGUUGAAGUUGGUAUGAGUAUGGGCCGGGCGACAAAGUCGGUGGCUUGAAAUGAAUCUAUAGCGUUGAGGCGUUGAUUGCUCUGUUAUUGGUAUACCUAGUGUGUCUGUAGUUGUUUGUAGUUGAUAUCGCAGUGGCACACAUAGCUGAUAGCCUGACCAAGCACCUGACAAUAAAUACCAUUUUAGGUCUAGGGCGGGAUCGAAUCUUUCUCUCGUUCUUUAUGUCGAAUCGGGAGGAGUUACGGGUCUGAAGAUUGGAGAUUCUUUCCGCACAGGAAUGACAGGAAUGACCCAGAAGUGUCUCAUAGGAUUGCAUGAAUUGGUGAGUUUGUGCUUUCCAUGCUUGUUUGUUGGAUCUUUUCUUUGGUCAACUUUCAUAUCUGAACUCAAUCUGGCUGGAAAAAGGUGUGUUGAGACGGAGAGUCACUUGUCUGAGUAGAUGA